AGCAAUUCAGUUGUUCAUUCGCCACCGUCGCGUUAACAUACUCAUCGAGUUUUCUCGCAUUAUGUACCAGCAAGCAAACAACACAUAAACCAUCCAAAAUGAAGCCAAAUCGGUUAUAACGUUUCUUUAAAAACUCCUUUAAAUUUAGAUCGAAUAUUUAUAAUUGUGAUACUUAGUUUAACAUAACCAUUGUUAUUAUUUAUAGUUUAUAAUGGGUUCCAUUUAUGUUGUAAAUUGUUAAAAAAAAAGUCAGUGCUCAAGAUAAUCUCAUUCCAAAAAUCCAGUUAAUAUUAUAAUAAUCAAGUUAAGAAUUAAUAUAUAGAUUGCAAUGACGGCAAAAACACGUUCGCAUUGGAAGGAAUAUGGAACAGCGCUUUGUGCGACACUCAUCACCGCUACAGCUGGCACCUGCUACGGGUGGCCAUCACCAACACUCCCCUAUCUACAAUCAUCACACAGCCAAAUACCAACAUCACCCAGUGAGGGAUCAUGGAUAGUAUCAAUAAUGAUCCUUUGCUCAGCGAUUACUCCGAUCCCGUCCGCAUACUUGGCUGAUAGAUUUGGGAGGAAGACCACACUUCUUCUCGGCGCAAUACCGUUCAUCUUGGGUUGGGUGCUGGUGAUAGUGGCCAAGUCUGUAGCUGUGCUAUACGUGGCCAGGAUGUUCUCUGGACUUGGAUACGGGAUAGUGUAUACAGUGGCACCGAUGUACACGGGGGAGAUCGCUACCAAUGAAGUCCGAGGCGCCCUUUCAACCUUAAUAACUUUAAUGAAUAAGGUCGGAAUUCUUGCCCAAUACUGCAUCGGACCGUACGUCGGAAUGCGAACCCUGGCAGCCAUCAAUUUGAUUCUUCCCAUAAGCUUCGUCGUUACUUUCAUCUUCCUACCAGAAUCGCCUUAUUACUACUUGAAAUUUGAACGGAGCGAAAGAGCCGAGCGUUCCCUUAGAAACUUACGCAGUGGAGAUAUAAGACUAGAACUGAAAAAUAUAGAAAUAAAUGUCCAAGAGGACAUGAAGAAUAGAGGGUCGUGGUGCGAUUUAAUCUCAGAAGCAACCAAUAGGAAGGCACUAUGGAUAACUUUGGGAGUGUUCACGAUACAACAACUUUGUGGCAGCGCUGCCGUGGUUGCGUAUGCGCAAGUUAUAUUCGCAGUAACUGAAAGCCACAUCGAAUCGCACCACGAAUCUAUAAUGCUUGGUUGCGUGCAAGUUGCCACGUGCUGCCUUUCUGUACUUCUUGUGGACCGCCUAGGAAGAAAGCCUUUGCUUUUGCUCUCUGCUUUAGGCGUAGGAUUGAUGAACGGCACUAUAGGAACAUAUUUCUACUUCUACUUGAACGAUAAAGCAUCUGUGGGACAUCUCUAUUGGCUGCCAAUUACGGCAAUUCUUAUUUACAUCGUUUGCUACGCCGUCGGGCUAUCGACCGUGCCUUACGUGAUCAUUGGAGAGAUGUUCCCGACCAAUGUCAAGCUGUACGCAUCCUGUGUCGCUCAUAUUUACACCGGAAUCUCUAUGUUCGCUGUACAAAAACUCUUUCAGGUUGUAAAAGAUGCCUGGGGUAUCUACACAGUAUUCUGGGGCUUCUGCGUAUUCUCGCUCCUUGGCCUCGUAUUCAUGCUCGCUGUCCUUCCCGAGACCAAGGGGAAGUCCUUCGCCUGCAUACAAGCACAACUGAAGAGAGACGUCGCUCGCGACAACGCAAGCAAACUAAUGACUGUCGAGUAUUAAAAUAGCUUAAGUUAAGAAACAUUUGGAAUGAAACCAUAGAUAAUGAACUUAAUUUUAUUAAUAGGUUUACAAACGACAAGUUUUUAUAUAAAAGCCGUUAUUGGAACAGCCUGUACAGGGCAAUGAGGGGGAGAAUUGUAGGGAUAAGCCUGGUCGAACCACCAGAGAAUGCAGUGUAGUCUGCCGCAUCAUAAUCUGCUGGCAACCCUCUGGUGGCCACGACGCGAGUGUAAAGCCGCGCUGAAUCUUUCGCCGUCCUCGUUUUGUUGGGACUCUCGAAAUCCACCAAGUAGAGGCCGAAACGGGACCUGCAAAUUGCAUUUACAAACAUUACGAGUGAAAUAUAAUUAUCAUGAUUUGACUGAA